CUCCCUCAAUCCCAAUUCCCCCCAUUUCCCUCGACUUCUCUUUCUCUUCCUCUUCCUCUUCCUCUUCCUCUUCCUCCGCCUCUUCUCCGGCGAUGCAAGGUGUGCGGCGCUUCCGGACGUUAACGGAGGGCGGCGUCCGCCUGGAGCUCACUCCCACCACCAACUCCCCGCUGGCCAUCGACGUCACUGAAUCAACCGAGAUGAGGAUCCAGCGCCUCAUCUCCGAGAACCCAGUCAUCAUCUUCAGCCGUCCCUCCUGCUGCAUGUGCCACGUCAUGAAGCGCCUGCUCUCCACCAUCGGCGUGCACCCCACCGUCAUCGAAUUGGACGACGAGGAGAUCGGAGCCCUCGCCGCCCACUCCGCCGACUCCACCUCCACCGCCCCCGUCGCCCCCGCCGUCUUCAUCGGCGGCACACGUGUCGGAGGCCUGGAGAGCCUCGUGGCCCUCCACCUCAGCGGCCACCUCGUCCCUCGCCUCGUCGAAGUUGGUGCUCUCUGGGUAUGAUAAUAGCUGUAAUUUUGUUCCUGAUUUGGGGUUAUUAUUGUAUUUGAACAAAAGACUAGGAAAAUAAUUUUGUUAUUAUCAAAAAAAUUAAAAAAAAAACCUCACCACGAGUACGCUGCACCUCGUUGAUGGAGCUCUACUCGCCGCUACAGGACGACAAGUGCAUGUAGGUAUUUUAGGAUAAUAUUGUGUAGCGAGUACACAUAGGUCCCUACCUUGAUGAAGCAAGGAGGACCGUUGAAUUUGUAGAAUUUCUGAUGAAUAUCAUGAUUUGAUCUUGUUGGGAAAAAAAUAUUCCGUGUGAAUGGUUUGUAUAGAAAUGGAUUGGCGAAUACUUUCUUUCAA